UGCUGAGACAGAGGAAGCAGAAAAUAAACAUCAGGAAGAGAAUGAUCGCCAAGGCAAAAAAAGUGACAAUAAUCCAGUUCAAAGCAGGUCUGAAGACAACAAGGAAGAAACCAACAAAGAGCAAAGCGAUCAUCUGAAACAGAUGGAGGAAUAUUACAAAGGAGAACUUAAAAAGAAAGAGUCAGCUAUUAGAAAGUUAAAGAAGGAAUUGGAAUCACUGAAAGGCAGACUGGCACAAGACAUGGCUGUUUCAAUAAAGACAGGAGACACUGAGAGCAUGAAUGACCCGGUCAGUAAAACCAGACUGACUGAAUUGUAUAAGAAUCUAAAGCUGGAGAAGUGGACUGGAAUCAAAGAUCAUCUGAAAUCCAUUACAACCAGUCCAGAGUUUAUAAGGGCUUUGGUUCAGAAAACCUUUAAAGAAGCAGCAGAAGAAAUGACAAGAAAAAAGCAGCAAAUAGAGGAAACUUUUAGAUCAACUGAGUCCAGCGGUGGCCAGAAAAAUCAAAAGGUUGAAGGAUACAGAAAGCUAGCAGUUCAUAAUCUGCAGUUAGCUCUGUUCCACAGCAACAAAGAUCAUCUGAAGAGUCCCUUUCCUAAAUAUGAAGGUGAAAAAGCUGAGGAUGUGAUGGUGAAUCUGAGACGUCUGACCUCGGAGUGCUACUGGCUGGGUUGUUUGAUCGCUUUAAACAAUCCGCCUCUUCAGCCAGACUGGGAGACUCAGGAUUAUAAGAAAAACUCCUGGGACAUUUUCCCUCUAACGCUAAAAGAUUCGGAUAAAUAGAAAAGGGACAUCAUGCAUUUAUGCAUGCUUGUCUUUCAUACAGUUUUAGUUUCCUGAACGCACAAAUUAGGCUUCAAUAAAUAAAUACUGAUCAAAUGUUAUUCAUUUGAAAUAAAAUGCAUGUAAUGUAAA